UCUCUCUCGCGUCCGAUGGCCUCGAGCUCGGGCGCCGGCGGCGGAGGGCCGCCGGACGGGGGCGUCGGGGAGGGACCGACGACGCUGGACGAGCUGUACCACAUCAACGUCGUGCCGGCUGAGCUGCACUUCAAGUUCCGCAAGGAGCUCCAAGGCCUCCGCGUCGGCCUCAACUUCGAGUUCUACAAUCUUGAGGUGAAUGAUUUCGAGGCCAAGGUAGUUCUGAAGCCCCUGGACUUCGACCGGAAGUGGAAGUUCCAGUACAAGCCCAUCAGUGGUGACGUGCAGCUGCUUUCCAAGAAGAUACCACUCUCGAAAUAUCUCAACCUUCAGGUCGGAAUUGGUCACAAUUUCCAACUGAAGGCCACUGGAUGGAAGUGGAAGCUUUCAACUUGCUUGGGGGGAGAUGGUGUUUCUCAGAUAAGAAACAAAUCAAAACUCAACGUGUUUCCAGGGUUUGAUCUGAGGCUUGGAUGGAAAGCUGAAUAUGUGCUUCCUGAGAUUCAUGGGGCCGUUGGCACAGGAGAACCUGCCUUCAGUAUGAACUAUGGGCGAUUGCAAGCAUCCAUAGACCGGAUUGAGGCUAUUGUGACCCAUUCAGAUCGGUACUGAACUUCCUAGGAUGGUGAUGCAGAUAUGGUCACGUAGCGAUGGGUUCUUUGGUUGCAAUUAUCUCAUAAGAAUCCCAUGGUUCACUCAGUGUCUCUCGAGGCUUUGCAUCUGAUGUACAGAAAUGAGCAAAAACAAUAUUUUAUUAAGAGUAAUUUUGAGUUUC